AUGCCUAAGGAGCAGCAAGAGGUGGUUGUACGGGGUGAAGGAGGGCACAUCUCAACUCCCGUGACAACCACCACAGUCAACAUGCCUUCUGAGAUCUCCACGCUUGAUCAUGUGGUCUGGUUCCUGCUCAAUACACUCUUCAUGAACUUCUGCUGCCUGGGUUUCAUAGCAUAUGCCUACUCUGUGAAGUCUAGGGACAGGAAGAUGGUGGGUGAUGUAAUUAGGGCCCAGACCUAUGCCUCCACUGCUAAGUGCCUGAACAUCAGCUCCCUGAUCUUCACUGUCCUUAUGGCCAGCGUCAUCAUCAUUGUCUAUGCCACUAGAAAAUAG